AUGUCGGCCAAGUCAAUCCUCGAGGCUGAUGGCAAGGCCAUUCUCAACUACCACCUCACCAGAAGCAAAGUCAUCAAACCCUCUCCUCUCCCACCUCCUAAAACUCACAAUCCCCCUCCAAAGCUCGCCUCUCUCUACUUCCCCGAAGACUCUUCCGUCGAUGCUGUCCUCGACCAGGCUGAGAGCACCUAUCCCUGGCUGCUCGCAAAGGAUGCCCGCCUUGUCGCAAAACCAGACCAAUUGAUCAAACGACGGGGAAAGAGUGGCCUUUUGGCUCUCAAUAAAACCUGGCCUGAGGCAAGAGCUUGGAUUGCUGAGCGUGCAGGUAAAGAGCAGAAGGUAGAGACUGUCACUGGUGUUCUCAGGCAGUUCCUCGUAGAACCAUUUGUGCCCCACCCCCAAGAAACGGAAUAUUAUAUCAACAUCAACUCGGUACGAGAGGGUGACUGGAUACUGUUCACGCACGAAGGCGGUGUAGACGUAGGCGACGUUGACGCAAAAGCUGAGAAACUACUCGUCCCCGUCAACCUCAAGAACUAUCCCUCCAAUGACGAAAUCGCCGCAACCCUCCUCAGCAAAAUCCCCCAGGGUCUCCACAACGUGCUGGUCGACUUCAUCACACGUCUCUACGCCGUAUACGUCGACUGCCAAUUCACCUACCUAGAGAUAAACCCCCUCGUCGUCAUCCCCAACGACACAAAAACAUCUGCACAAGUCCAUUUCCUGGACCUGGCUGCAAAACUAGACCAAACUGCUGAAUUCGAAUGCGGCACCAAAUGGGCCGUCGCCCGCUCCCCCGCCGCUCUCGGCACCCCAAAUGCACCCAGACAGACGGAAAGUAACCAUCGACGCCGCAAGGAAGAGAAAUUCAUCGCAGACAUGGACGCCAAGACAGGUGCCUCGCUCAAGCUCACCGUCCUUAACGCCAAUGGCCGCAUCUGGACCCUCGUCGCGGGCGGUGGUGCCUCCGUCGUCUACGCCGACGCCAUCGCCUCCGCUGGCUUCGUGGCCGACUUGGCCAACUACGGCGAAUACUCCGGCGCCCCCACCGAGACCCAGACUUUCAACUACGCCCGCACGGUCCUGGACCUGAUGCUGCGCGCCCCCAUGCAUCCACAGGGCAAAGUGCUGUUUAUUGGCGGCGGUAUUGCGAACUUCACCAACGUCGCGUCGACGUUUAAGGGGGUUAUUCGCGCGCUGAGGGAGGUGGCAUCUAUCCUUCUGGAGCACAAGGUGCAGAUUUGGGUGAGGCGGGCCGGGCCGAAUUAUCAAGAGGGACUGAAGAAUAUUAAAGCGGUGGGCGAGGAGUUGGGACUUGAUAUGCAUGUUUACGGACCGGAGAUGCAUGUUAGUGGCAUCGUGCCUUUGGCGUUGUUGGGGAAGAAGACGGACGUUAAGGAGUUUGGGACGGUGUAA